CCUCCGUAGCUUGCUGGCCAAAAUAGUCGAAAGAUUCAAGCUAUUUAUACGCUUUCGGUGUAUAUUAUCUACUGUGUUUUAGACACACUUAUGUCGUAUCUACUUGUUAACCUAUUUCAUUUAAUAUUACAUUAUUUUAUAUUAGUCAGCUAUAGUAGCUGGCUGGUUAAGUUAGCACUAGCCUAGUUGCUACUGCUAGCUAGCUAACAUCCCCGAACAUGAGCUCCCUAAACUACUCCCCUCCUGUUAAAGAAGAGGGGGUCCGCUGGAUGGAGAAAGAAGCUCUGGGACUGAACAUUGUCGUGAAAGAGGAGAAGGAAGAGGAGGAUGUCACAGUAAAACAAGAAGUCGAGGCUGAGGCUGUUACAGUGAAAGAAGAGAAAGAUGUUUCAGUGAAAGAUGAGGAAGACUCGUUCAGAGUGAAAGAGGAAGAGGAUGUCACAGUAAAAGAAGAGGAGGAAGAGAAUGCAGUUUUUGGAGUGAAGAAGGAAGGGGAGAUUACUGUCACAUUGAAAGACGAAGAGGUGGAGAUAGAAGAUCUGAUUAACACCAGAGAGAGACCAGACUCUCCCUCUGACAGCGGGAAGAGUCCUUCAGGGGAACCAGACCCAGGGAAGAGUCCUUCAGGGGAACCAGACCCAGGGAAGAGUCCUUUAUGGGAAUCGGACCCAGAGACGCCCAAAGCAACAGGAGGACAUCACUGCUCCCGCUGUGAAAAGAGUUUUACCAAGUUAGGGAGCCUGAAGAAACAUGAGAGGACACACACAGGAAAAAAGACUUUCCAAUGUUCUCAGUGUGGAAAAGGUUUUCUUUGGUUAUAUCACCUGAAUAGGCAUGAAAGGACACACACAGGGGAAAAACCUUUCCAAUGCUCCCAGUGUGGAAAGAGUUUUAACGAAUUAGGGUACCUAUUAAUACACAAGAGAAUACACUCUGGAGAGAAGCCUUACCACUGCUCCAAAUGCGGAAUGACUUUUACCUGGUUAGGGAGCCUGAAAACGCACGAGAGAAUACACACUGGAGAAAAUCCUUUCCAAUGUUCCCACUGUGGAAAGAAUUUUACCCAGUUAGGGAACCUAAAUCGGCACAAGAGGACACACACAGGAGAGAAGCCUUACCAAUGCUCUCAGUGUGGAAAGAGUUUUAGGGGUUUAGUGAGCCUGAAACAGCAUAAGAGAAUACACACAGGAGAGAAGCCGUAUCACUGUUCCCAGUGUGGAAAGAGUUUUAGAUGGUUAGGGACCUUGAAAAUGCAUGAGAGGACACACACCGGAGAAAAACCGUACCAAUGCACCGUGUGUGGAAAGAGAUUUACCCAGUUAAAGUCCAUGAAAUUACACGGGAGAAUACAUACAGGAGAGAAGCCUUACCACUGCUCCCACUGUGGAAUGGCUUUUACCUGGUUAGUAAACAUGAAAACUCACGAGAGAAUACACACAGGAGAGAAGCCUUAUCAAUGUUCCCAGUGUGGAAAGAAUUUUAGGGGUUUAGUGAACCUGAAACAGCAUGAGAGGACACACCCACAAGAAAAGCCUUACCAAUGCUCCCUGUGUGGAAAGAGUUUUACCAAGUUAGGGGGUCUGACAAGGCAUGAGAGGACACACACAGGGGGGGAUAAGACAUACCACUGCUCCCUGUGCGGAAAGACAUUUAACAGGUUAAGGCAUCUGAAUAAGCAUGAAAGAAUACAUACACAGGAGGAGAAGACAUACCACUGCUCUCAAUGCGAAAAGACAUUUUCCCAGUCAGAGGACCUGAAAUCACAUGAGAGAAUAGAGAGGCUGUGUUCUGACUUAUGUUUUUGACUUGAGAAUUUGUGUUUUUGUUUAUGCCGCAUUAAAUCAUAUUGUUUAUAUGAAGUCUUAAACAAAAAAGGUUUACUUAAAAAAAAAGUUUGGUUCAUGUCUAAAAUGAGAUACAUUGAUAUUUUGUAGACAAGUGUACAGGUUUCAGAACAUCUCAUAGUAAUAGGAGUCUAUCUCCUGUUUCUGGACAGGACUCUAGUCUAUAGAGUACCACAGUAUAGUAACAGGAGUCUAUCUCUUGUUUCUGUAGUGAGGCAGCUUGAUGUCCUUCCCCUGGACAAGAUGGCUGUGUUAAUAUUUUACUGCUCCCCUUUAAUUAUUUGUUACUUUUAUUUCUUAUUCAAAUUCAUUUUUUUUUCAACUGAAUUGUUGAUUAGGGCUUGUAAGUAAGCAUUUCACUGUAAGGUGCAUGUGUGUGUUCGGUGCAUGUGACAUAAUAUUAAGUUGUUAUAUAGAUUAAUGGAAUUUUGCAUUUCUUGAUUCCAGCCUUGAAACCUCUUGAAUUGGAUUUGUUAUAUGAAAAACUAUUGCUAAAUUAAUUUGAUUGAAUUCGGUUGCAGAUAAACAUAUUAGCACCAUUGUAAUUUUUCUUAAAUAAUGACCUAUUUCUUCUAAAAUAAGUUGAAAUUGAUGGUCUCCACACCUUAUAGUAUUUUCAACAUUGCAGAACCAAUACAUUUUUUGUUAACUUAAGUUCACACUCGGCUAAUUCAGCCACACCCAUUGCUGACAGGUGUAUAAAAUCGAGCACACAGCAAUGCAAUCUCCAUAGACAAACAUUGGCAUUAGAAUGGCCUUACUGAAUUUCAACAUGGCACUGUCAUAGUAUGCCACCUUUCCAACAAGUCAGUUUGUCAAAUUUCUGCCAUGCUUGAGCUGCCCCGGUCAACUGUAAGUGCUCUGCCAAAAAGUGGUAGGCCACACAAGCUCACAGAACAGGACCGCUGAGUGCUGAAGCGCGUAGCACUUAAAAAUCGUCUGUCCUCGGUUGAAACACUCACUACUACCGAGUUCCAAACUGCCUCUGGAAGCAACGUCAGCACAAUAACUGUUUGUCAGGAGCUACUUGACUAUCCACACAUGACGCACACACUGCAGCCUAGCCUGAAAAUAUUUUUGAUAUCUAGGAAUGUUCUGACAAAUAUUUCCGGGCUCCGCUGGCAUGGAAUCUCCCAGGACAAACAUCCAUGCACUCCUCCCGGAGGUUAUAACAACACAACAUCAAACACCAUAAAUACACAACUUGAUGGAACCACAUGAAAAGGUUGGGAACAUGUUUUCAUUGGCCAGUGAGGUUAAGCCCUCGUCACAGCUACAACUUAUUUAUCAGAAUUCCUGCUGUAAAAAUAUCUACAUUAUUUCUGAUACCCACAACUCAACUGCACCACGCAAGUUUGAUAAGAUUUAUGUUUGGUUUGUUAAAAUAGAAUCUUCAGUCUUGGGUCCCUGCAUUUAAAAAAAUGUCUUUACUUUUGAUAUUGAAUACUUUUUGAAUAUUUUUUUUGAGGAAGAGCUUGCAGGUAACAGGGUGUUUAUACUAUUGGUAAAACAUGUGGAUAACCACGCUAGCUUCGCUCUCGUGUGGUGCUAGCAAGUAUAAUAGGUAGUGCUAGGUAUCAACAGCCUCCUGAGUGGCGCAGCACUGCAUUGCACUACAGAUCCGGGUUUGAUCCCGGGCUGUGUCGCAGCCGGCCACAACCGGGAGACUCAUGAGGCGGUACACAAUUGGCCCAGCGUCGUCGGGAUAGGGGAAGGUUUCGCCGGCUUGGAUGCCAUUGUCCCACCGAUCAUCAGAUAUAAAUGAUAGUUUUACAGUCUAAGCCCUGUCAGGGGGGGGGGUUCUUCUAAACUAUAUGGAAUUGUUUUAAGAAGGUUUAAACAACAUGAAGGGCUUCCCCAGUAUAGUGCUGUUUUAAGAAGGUUAUACCAAGGAUAAUUUUGAACUGUAAGACUCAUGGAAGUAUUAACAAAAAAUAUUUAAAAGUUAUUUUAUGUAAAAAAUUAUUUGGCCAUACUGUUAUAACCAUGGUAACACAUUGGAUAACAGUCACAGCAUGGAACAACAGUAACCAUAGUAACACAUUGGAUAACAUUCACAACAUGGAACAACCGUAACCAUAAUAACAUUGUUUCCCCCAGAACAUCUAAAGGAAGUUUGUUCUGAAGUGUCUGUCCUGAAUCUGAGAGAUACAUGUCUUUAACCUCUUAUUUAUGUCACUAAAGUCUUUCCACAUUUUGUUACGUUACAGCCUUAUUCUACAAUGUAUUAAAAAAAUACAAAUCCUCAUCAAUCUACACACAAUACCCCAUAAUGACAAAGAGUAAACAAGUUUGGAGAAAAAAAUAAACAUUUAUGAAAAAUAAAAAAACAGAAAUACCUUAUUUACAUAAGUAUUCAGUCCGUUUGCUAUGAGACUUGAAAUUGAGCUCCAGUGCAUACUGUUUCCAUUGAUUAUCGUUGAGAUGUUUCUACAAUUUGAUUGGAGUCCUCCUAUGGUAAAUUCUGAGUGCUGUAUCAGAUGACCUGGCCUCAACCCAAUUGAGAUGGUUAGGGAUGAAUUGGACCACAGAGUGAAGGAAAAGCAGCCAACAACUGUUCAGCAUAUGUGGGAACUCCUUCAAGACUGUUGGAAAAGCAUUCCAGGUGAAGCUGGUUGAGAGAAUGCCAAGAGUGUGCAAAGCUGUCAUCAAGGCAAAGGGUGGCUACUUUGAAAAAUCUAAAAUAUAUUUUUAAUUGUUUAACACUUUUUUCGUUACUACAUGACUCCAUAUGUGUUAUUUCAUGGUUUUGAUGUCUUCACUAUUAUUCUACAAUGUAGAAAAUUGUAAAAAAUAAAGAAAAACCCUUCAAUGAC